CCGGACGCACGUCGGAUUGCGCAAAAUUUUCGUCUCCGAACGAACCAAUUUCGAUAAUUGACGAAUAAACGUGAGUCUGUUAUUAAUUGGAUUCGGGGUACGCGGUGUGUUCUAAAAUCGGGUCGUCUGGAUUUACAUACAAAUCGUUUUCCGAAGAUCAUCGCUUCGGAAUUAAUCGAACGUAAUUCUAAAUGUAAAUUUUCUUUGAUAGGUGUGCUUGUGGAAGUAAAUACAAUCAAGUGUUGGUUCUGUUGUGAUUCGUGGAAUUGAGUAUUUUAUCUGAAGCGACUGCCUGUCUGACCUUCCAACCCGCGAAGGGAAAACCAGCCCAAUACAGGAAUCACGGACUCAGAACUGAAGCACGACAUGGAGCCGCUAAAGCACUCGAAUUCAGUUCGAAAAUCAAAAAGUGAAUUUAAAUUUAAUUCUUGAUUAUUCGCAAAAUGAAUUUCGUAAAUCGAAUGUGGGUUUGAAAGAAAAACAAAUUUAAAUGUAAGAAAAUAAAAAACAAAGGACAACCGUAGAAUUUUACAAAAUUACUUUUUAAAUUCAGUGACAGUUUAUGAAGCUUUUUAAUUGAGCUGCCUGCUAGUAAUAGUUUGAAAAUUAACAUGGAAUAAUAUUAUUAUGUAGUGUGUGUGGUGUUUAGUAAAAAAAGGUGGUUUCAAAAAAACUCCAAUGAACAAGAUGGCGCCGAUAUUACAGACUUUACUUACUUGCAUCGUUUUCCAGUAUAUUGGAACGGUGAACACUCUGAAAUCUCUUCAGAUCCACGUACCAACGGCGGUACUAACCGGCCGAGAUGCGGAGUUGCGGUGUUCAUACGAAUUGGAGGGUGCACAACUUUACUCAAUUCGGUGGUAUAGAAAUAUGAUCGAGUUCUACCGAUAUGUGCCCAAAGAGUCGCCAGCUACGAAGGUGUUUCCUGUCGCAGAGAUCAAAGUUGACGUGGCGCAGUCAGACCAGAACAGGGUGGUGCUAACGGAGGUGGACAGGACGUUAACAGGGGAGUACCAGUGCGAAGUAUCGGCGGACGCGCCGCUCUUCCAUACAGACAUCAAGUCUGCUGAGAUGGUCGUUGUAGAACCACCUCUAACAAGUCCGAACGUGUCUGCCGACCGCAUGUCCUACGUGGGUGGGGACCACAUCAGGGCUAAUUGCUCGUCGCCCCCCUCCCUCCCCGCGGCUAACAUCACGUGGUACGUCAACGAGCAGAUGGUGCCAGGAUUCACGGCAAAUCAUGUUCUAAACUUCAGCAACGGGUACGCUUCUAGUCUGGCCACCCUCGAGCUGGAGGCUGCCGUGUUGUCACCCGUACCUACUCUUAUGAUACGGUGUGAAGCAAACAUAUUCGAUGUGUGGAGAGGCACAAGUCAUACGAUAGUGUUGAGGGAACGCAGCGCCAACCCGGCUUCUGCACUUGGAAGAAGCUUUACAGGAGGUGCAACAGAAACGUGUCUACCAACAAUUAUGGUUCUUCUUCUUCAAUUCUUCUUAAAAUUUCUUAUAGGAAGUUACACUGAAACUUCAAUAAGAUAGCUGUCUUAGUUCUAAGAUAAUUAUUAGUUAGUUAUAUGUGAUUUGUAACUUGGUAAGUAUAAUCGUAGUUCAUCUCAGGGUUUAAAACGAUUUUUUUCCAAAACUGUGAUUUGAAACACCCAAUAAAGAACAAAUUAUUUCGUUACUUACUUCUGUUUUGAUUUUAGAACUCAAUUUAGUGAAAAAUUAAUUAUUUAUAAAUAAGUUACAAUAUAAUUAUUAUUUGGCUUAAUGUUUUGAAUUAUCUUAAAUAUAAAUGUUAUUAAUAUUUUAACUUUAAACAUUUAUUAAUAUAACAAUGUUUCCCUAAUUGUAUUAAGAUAGGUACCAUAAUGUUAAAUAGACUGAUUAUUUAGUAUAUUUGAUUGUAAAUACGUAUUAAUGAAUUACUUUGUUUGUAAAUAAUAAAUAAACCGUGUUAACGUAACUGAUGUUAAUAAUAUUUCCUAUAAAUGUUAGAAUAUGUUACGGAACAUUCCAAUAAGCAUAAAAUUUUCAGAACCGUGAAACCCUGUGCGACUAUAAAUUGUUUCUCUUUUGUUUUUUCCUGUUUGUGCAAUAAAGUAUUUGUUAUGUUAUGUUGUUUUAAAUAUUUUACUUAAUACCUAUAUUGUUGUAAGUUGAGUGUCAAUACCCUCUUAUACAAGGAUUUUAUUAGAGAUGGGCCGACUACUCGUUUGAUACUCUGUACUCUGCGUACUCGGCGGGUUUUUUGAUACUCGUACUCGGCCGAAUAACUCGGUUAUUUGAUAACGAGUAUACAGCCAUUGGUAAAUAACAAACUUUUUCAAUUAUUUAUUUAUGACGUGCAACGUGAUGUGUUUGUUUGCAAACAAUCAAGUGACUAGUAGUUGAAAGGCGUGGGCGGGGUGAGGGGUGUAUCAACGCAGCGACGUCUUGACCGGCUCAAACCUGUUUGUACUUAUUUACGCGCGCGAAAUGCGAAUUUGAUUGAACCGAGUUACUCGGCCGAGUACUCGGUUGAAAAAAUUGAGCCGAGUAAAACUCGGUACUCGUUACUCGGCAAAGGUGUUACUCGGCGCAUCUCUAGUUUUUAUUGUGAAAAUAUACUGAAAUUUAACAAGUUUCAGUUAUAAAUACAUAAUAAUGGAAUUCAUUGCAAUGUUGUAUUAAUUCCAUAAUUACGAGUAUAAUUGUUCGAUUUAAAAUUGAAUUUACUUGAGUCCUUUUAUAGACAUUAAAUAAUUUAUUAUGUUAAUACUUCAGAUCCCAUUUAUUAUUUUAUUAAAUUGUAGUCAAUUUGAAAGCUCUUUUGUAAAUUACAAAUAUUAUAUUUUUCUUACGAUAUUUUUUUUUUGAGUUAUUUAUUAUAUUUACAAAGUAAGAAUUCUCAGAAAACGUUAUAAAUGACAGUCGUUUGGAGCUUAGUAGUUAUAAUAUAGUUUUCAUCAAAAUGUUGUAAUUUAUUUAUGGAAAGGGAAUUUUAUUUAAAUUAUUAUAAGUAAAUAUUAAAUGGCUGUGUUUGUAUAUGAAAUUGUUCUGAUUUAUUUUUUGUUGGGUAUAUUAAUUAGAUUUAAUAUAACGUAAUGUAUUUAAGACACGGAAUACAAGGAAGAGGUUUGGAAGGCCCUAACGCGCAUUUUGUAUGAGAACCGCUGUCGCCGGUUCAACCCCACUUUCUUUUACUCCUGCAAAUGCUACACAAAUUCCAUAGCCUCUUUACAGGCAAUGUAUAGGGCUGCAAAUUUAUCAUUACUUUUUGAAAGAUACUCAUAUGGAGGGAACUCUUUGCAUGAUAGACGACAGUUAUUUGAUGUUCUGCAUAUUAUAACAUUUUGAUAUACUAUCACGGAGCUCCGUGCGUCGUCAAAUUUGCGGACGAGUGGAGUGCAAAGGUGAAGUAUGAACUGUUUGCUCGUACUGGUAUGGCGCGCGUUUCGCGCUCAUUUGGCCCUUCGAAUCUCUUUCUUCUAUUCUGUAAGACACAGUGCCAUUACAUUGAUGUUUCUCUGGAGGUACAACAAUAUAAACACCUAUGACAGUAACUCUUUUCGGCCUACGCAUGUGUGUGUGUGUGUGUGUACCUAAAUAAAUAAAAAAAAAUGACAGAGCGCCAUGCCAUCGAAUACAAUCAGUGAGUAUGGAUAUGAAUAGGUAAACACCCAUACAUAACACAAAAUUUCUAAAUACCCUAUAUACGUCCCGCGGGCGGACGCAGGCCUCCCCUUCGUCAGUCGCAGCGAGUAUGUAGCAUAAUACCACACUGCUCCGCUGUGGGUUGGUGGAGGUGCUUCCAAAGCACGGUAUCAUUUUACUUUUUCGGACAAUCCGGUGUUCCAACCUGCAAUGUCCUAGCCAAAAAAAGCACAGUCUGUCUAAAAAAAGACCAUCAAUUUAGAAAAGUUUUCUUUAUUGACCUAUCCAGAAACCCAACUUGGGUUCUCUGUUUUAAGCUAUUAUAUAGAUUUGUCAUUAAUAAAUAGAGAAACAUUAAUGUAUGAGCAAUAAAAAUAAUGUGAUGGUGCGUAUAGUAUGUAUGGUAACUGUAAACUUAAAUAACAAAAAAAUAUUACAUGUUACAUAAUAGGAUAAUAAGCCGUUUAUUACAUUUGUAUAUAGUUUAAUCCAAAUAUCCUUGUAAUUGUCUGGAAACUAACAGAAAGAGAUAGAUGAUAGUUUGGAGUGUUUUAAGGGUGUCAAGAAAUAAAUGACUAACAUUGGCAAGUAUUCAUUAUUGUACAAUUCUGUUGUUAGAACAUCACUAUCGUUCAUUUAAGAGCCACAUUCUUUCCGGUGUAGCAUUUUUCAUUUACUUCCUUACAAGACACGACGCCUUCUCUUUAAUUUUCAAUGUAAACUCUUCUUGGUCUUUCCCCUUUCUCUCUUUCCUUGCUUCUUCCUUUUCAUGAAAGGCAUUCAUUAUUUUUAUAUCUUUAAACAUAUUGAAGUCUAUUUUUUUGCGAAUGACAAUAAUUUGUGUCUUGAACAGUUCUUUUUGCAAACCAUGAGAUUAAAAAUUUGAGAAUCGUAUUUCUCGUGCAUUUCAGAGCCACAAAUUAUCAAAGACAAGUUGCAGCCACUGUUGAUACGAAGUCUUAAGAUUGAUAUGAUGAGCUUACGUUGACAAGGGAUCAGCCAUUCGCUCAUAUCAUUAAUUCAUCAUGUUGGAAAUAACAUAAUCGCUUUGUCGGAUUUUAUGACAUACGCAGCUAAAUGAGCUCUAUUUGUUUAAUUCACUCCCAGAACAAUAUAGAAGCUUAAAUUUUUCAAGACGUUUCCAAAUAACCCUUAAUACUUUCACGGACAAGGACCAUGGGUUAUUGACCUAUCGUUAAUUGUAUGACCACUAUAGAAGCAAGGGUGAUAUGCCCUCGGCAAUGUCGCCUGUAAACUGAAGAAGCCCACCAAGACAUUUGACUGAACCACUACAUCGGUUUACUUAUCGUUCAUUGCGUAGUAACACAAGCGCUAGUUGUGGUUGCACGAUACCAAAGGAGCAAUGAAUGACAUGGAAAGUUUUAUAAUACGAUAAUUGCCUCACUAAAACAUUUCGUUUUGUGCAUAUUUUGGACCCACCGGCUAUGCUCCCGUGGUAUUUUUCUAUAAUAAGAGUAUGACACCUCGAAUAAUUGGGGUUAAAGAAGCAAUUCAUCUAAAAACGCAAUAUUGCUAUUUGACAUUGGCGCAUAUAAAAGUAAGUGCGCAAUUCAAACAAAUGUCAAAUAGCAGUUUUUCUAGACGAAUUUCUUCUAUGUGGCCUAUUUAACUCCCCAAGACAUCGCAUGUAGAUGUCCUGUCCUUGAUAGUGAUAAAAAAGUUGUUAUUUCUUGACAUCUGAAUGAUAUAAAAUGAAAAUUAUUUGUGAAAGAACCUAUAUACCCAAAGUCCAAUACUUGCUACUCUAACUCCAUUGACUUUCCUGUAAACAUAAGUUCGCCUAAUUAAUUGUGCAUUAAAUCGAAAGUGAUUUUAGGGAAUAAUGUAUAAUUAUUAAUACGGAAGACGUAAAGAAUAAAAGGAGUAAUAAUUGUACUUAAA